CCGCUUUGGCCGUCCACCUUUGCUCGUCACUGUCGCUACCCUCUCUAUCCUAGACAUGUUUUCUCUAUUUCUUCUCGCUCUUUUCAUGACCAUUUCUAUCGUGAUUGCUGAGCCGACAUUCUACUUGACACAAGUUGUCCGAGGCAACGAUUUCUUCGAUGCAUUCAAAUGGGAGACCUUCGAUGACCCAACCCACGGACGCGUUAAUUAUGUCGACCAAGACACAGCAAAGGCUAACAAUCUUUCCUACGCAUCACCCGACAACUCAACGUUUGUCAUGCGCGCCGACUCAUCUACAGUUGUUCCAUCAUAUGCAAGAGGCAGAGAUAGUGUCCGGAUAUCUUCCUGGGCCUCACAUGCCCAGUCGCUUAUGAUUUUGGACCUCCAGCACAUGCCAGUAGGAUGCGGUACUUGGCCCGCCUUUUGGACUUUGAGCAAGGAUGGACCAUGGCCUCAAGGAGGAGAAAUCGAUAUCAUUGAAGGCGUUAAUAUGAACUGUGACAACCUCGCCUCUCUCCACACAACUGAAGACUGUACCAUGCCGGACACGCGUGCUCAACGAGGGUAUACCGUCUCCAGCGACUGUAACGCAGCCGUCAAUAGCAAUCAAGGCUGUGGGACUUCAUUCACCCAACCUUUUUCAUACGGAACCGGGUUCAACCAGAUUGGUGGAGGGUAUUUUGCUAUGUCCAAAGACGACAUUAACGGUGUCCGUGUGUGGUUUUGGCCUAGAAACAGCAGCUCUAUACCGGCAGAAGUAAUCCAACCAUCGAAUUUUGUUCAAAUCCGGACGGAUAAUUGGGGAAGUCCAGACGCGUCAUUUCCUGUCGAUAGAUGCGGAUACGACGCUCACUUUCUUGGUGAACAUAUUACUGUCUUUGAUAUCACAUUUUGCGGCGACUGGGCAGGCUCCGCUUUCGCUACCUCAGGUUGCGGUCCAAGUACCUGUGAACAGUACGUGGAGAGCACACCUGCUGCCUUUUCCGAGGCUUACUGGGAGAUAAACACUUUAUAUAUAUAUGACCGCUGCAAUGACUGAAGCACGUCAUACUUCUCGACUUCAGUUCUAGUACCAUCUUAUUUUGUCAUUCGUUUUCAAUCGAACUUGGGACUAAACGGACAAACGAACUUGUGGAUAUUACUUGCUCAAGGCAAAUACUGACGCGCAUAUACUGGGGCACUAUAUACUGUAUUAUUGCCAGCUUGAAUCGUUUGUGGAUCCCUUACUUGUUCCUAGAUUCUCUUGCUAUGGGCGGCAUUACUCUUUAAUACUGCGCUGAUAUCUGGG